AUGCCAAAAUUUGUUGGUAAGGAAUAUGAAUUUCAAGUUAAUUCUGAAUUAAAAGAUGAACAUUUACAUAUUCUAGUUACUUAUGAUAAGACGACUUUUCAAUCAAAUGAUAGACUGAAAUCUGAUACUAUUGAAAGAUUAAAAUUGAGUGAUGAUAAUGUUGAUGCCGAAAUUCUAUCUGAAAUAUUAUUUGCAUUUGAUAAUUUCUCCAGUUAUGCAAAAUUAGCUAAUGAAUCACUUAAUGCAACAAAUAUAAACCUUAAUCCUGAUGAUAAACAACCAAUUAUAUGCGAUACUAUUUUUAAUGAACAAGUUCAAAGUAUGAUAUUUUCGGCUGAUUAUCCAGAUAAAAAACUCUGUGAAAAACCAAAAGAAAUGAAG